AUGUUUUCUCCAGCAGUAGCUUCUCGUCACGGCGCCCCCUUGGUUCGAGGGAUGCACAGGGGCUUCUCGCCUCACCUCAUCAACCCAGCGGCUGCAGCAGCAGCUUCAGCCUCUUUCCUUCUUCAGAAGCGGUUUCUAGGAAAUGAAGUCCGAGGACCGGACUUCGACCCUCUCGACCUCAAGACCUGGAAGCUGCAUCCACACAUUGAAGUGGUUUCCGCUGGCCUGGUUCGCCGUGCUCAGAGUUACGGGGAGUUCAAGGAGUUUUGUGAGAGUUUGCGUUUGCUGCUAUUCGUCUUUGGUUCUGCUGCGGUUGCUACGGAUCUUCUCUUCUUUCACCCAACGCGUUCAGCUUACUGGCGUUCUCUAUCUCCUUUGAGGUGGCCGGGCCUGUUGCUCAGCUCCUUCAGCGGGGCAAAGGGGACAAAUGGUAUUUUCGAUUUCGAAAGAGAAGGAAUGACAGUUGGCCCCGAUGGAAAUGUUAAAACUGCGGCUUAUGCUGCUUUCGAGAGGGCAAUACAAGGAAGUGCAACUGUUUACGAACUGCAACUGCAGUAG